AUGAAGAAUUGGUCAUUGGCGGAAUUAUAAAAUUUUAUAAAAAUUAUUUUUAUUGUUCUUGGCAAUGUUCCAGACAUCUGCAUUCACUUAUUGGCGUAAGGAAGAGGAGUCUAAGAAAAUUAUCUCUUUGAUAAAGGACCUUGAUGAAAAUUUAUUAGGUGGUAUAUCCUUGAGACUCAUUACAGAGUUGUGUGGAGGUUCUGGUUCUGGAAAAACUCAACUAUGUUUACAAUUUUGCAUAAACGUUCAACUACCGGAAGAAGCUGGUGGCCUGGGAUCCAAGGCCUACUAUGUGGACACUAAUCAAGGAUUUUCUCCUUAUCGUUUAAAAGAAAUCGCUAAACACAUGGAGACAAGAUGUCAUCAAACCUUUCAAAAAUUCCAUAAGCAAUGCACAGAUUUUAAACUAGAAAAUAUACUUCAAAAUAUUUCCUAUGUCUAUUGUAACAACUAUAAAGAUCUAAUGGCGAUUGUUCUUAAUUUGCGUAACAUUUUAAACGAGGAUAAAAAACUGAAGUUGAUAGUUAUCGAUUCAUUUUCGUUCAUUUUAAGACAAUUGGAAGAUGUCUCUUUAAGGACACGAGUAAAUUAUGAGAUUUUAACGGAUUUGCAAAACUUAGCUUUGGAAUUUGACAUAGCGAUAAUUAUUACAAAUGAAUUGACCACUCGUUGCAUUGGCAACAAUUGGUUGGUGUGUCCAGCUUUGGGUGAAUCUCAUGCUCACAAAAUCAAUACACGCUUACUAUUGAGUAGAGAUCCAAAUGAAGACUACCACAUUGUGUUAAUUGAGAAGUCGGUGUUGUGUGACAAACUAGCUUUUCGCUUUAAGAUUAAACCCGGUGGCAUUCGAAGUGUGUUACAUAGAGCAACAGAAUAGCUAUUCUAAAAAAUGUAGGUUUUAAAUGAUGCUUGUAUGAAAGCUUCACUAACGAUGACGAGCUAUGAGUUAUAUUUACUUAUGUCAAUAUAAAUGAAUCAUUAUUUUUCUCCUAGAGAUGUCUGU